ACAUAAGUCAUUGAGAAAAAAAAACAAAAAACAUUUAUCCCGUGGUAUUCACGUUUACUCCGAAGUUUGUUAUAAAUAAUUAGUUUUUCUUAUUAUUAUUUAUUAAAAUCUGUCAAUUGAUACAAAGUUAUUAUUUCAAAAUAUAUAAAUUUGCUUAUUUACUUAUGAAUAAUGGCAGAGAAUCUGGGAAAACGUCCAUCGAAAAGCAUCCUAAAAACAUCAAGUAGUUUUGACACCAACGAGACACCACGACCAAGCAAAGAAACAAAAUGGGAUGAAAUGAAUAUUAUUGCAACAUUGCAUCCACCUGAAAAAGAUUAUGGACAUAUGAAAAUUGAAGAGCCAAAAACUCCUUAUAAUUAUGAAGGUUUUGAUAGUAAACUUGAAGAAGAUGUACUUGAUUCAUCCCUCGUAGCUGAAAAAUUAUCAAAAGGUAAACAACCAAAAAUAUUUGACAGUUCAAGUGACGAUGAAGAUGAACCAACACCUGAAGAACGAGAAAAAAGAAAAAGUUUUGAAGCUAAACGUAAAAGUCAUUAUCGUGAAUGGGAUGCUGUACAACGUAGCAAACUUUUAGAAGAAGAUUCUGAUUCUGAUAAAAGUGAUGAUGAUGAAAAAAAUGAAAAUUGCCAAUUUAAAAACAAUACUGAUGAAAUAGUCAGGAGAGAUGCCACAAAUGUGAUUCGAGAUUUAACAACUCCCGAAAAUAGCAAUUAAAUUCAUUUGAAUUUAUAUGAUUAGGUUUAUGUGUUUCGUCAUGUUAAUUAAUUUAGUGAGUCAGUUGUAUCAAGUUCAAUAUAAUAAACCCUUCUGGUUGCUUCCUUUUAAAUACUCAAUUUUAAUUAUGAACUUUGUUUUUUGUUGACUUUGACAAAAACAAUCUGCAAGGUAUCAAUUAUCAACUGAUAAAAUUUGUAGAUGAUUUAUUAAAUUGACUGAUUUAUCUUUAGAAAAUUAUUAAUUUUUCGAAAUAACCACUUGGAGUUUUAUAAUAAUUAUCAGGGUGUUUUGGACAUGCUGGUGCAUAGAUUAGGCUACUUUUUUGUUGAUUUAAAUUGUUCAUACUAAGCCUGGUAAUUAUUUCAAGAACAAACUUUGACUAAAAUCAUAUUUUUUGAUUGUUAAAUUAUAUACGUUUAUCAUUUUCUUUUUUUGUGAUAUCGUAAUGAUUAUAUUGGGCAUGAUACAUCUGGCUAGACUUAUGAUAAAUUUUAAAAUAGAUAUUAUCUUUCACAAUAUCGUACGCAAAGUCGGUAGUGAUUGUGUAAAGUAUAAUUACUUCCAUUUGAAGAUAUAAUUUAUUUUUGAUUUUUGAAAGUAUCUUAAAAAUAAGUUGUAUAUAUAGCAUCUACAAUAAAUUUAAACUUGUAGUUUAA